AUGACUUGGUGGGAAGGCGUUCAGGAAUCCCGCGUUCUCGUUGCCCCGGAUCCUAGCAACGAUGGAAAUGGUUCCGGACGAAUGAUAUCGCUUCGUCAUCCCAAAUCUGGAAAUGCAACUCAAUAUCUCUUUGUAAAUGGAAUGCUUCAAGAGUUUCAAUGGUUUAAGAACUUGUAUGGGUCUUGGUUUUUGGGAGAUUAUACAAGUGAAGAUGGUCGACUGUAUUUAUCCACACCUAUUGAUCCUGUUUUUAUCAUGCUGCCAAUAUUUGAGGAAGCUAGAAUGAAGAAAGGAGAUGAUCUUGGCAAGUUCAGGCAAUUGAAUGAGAUAUUGUUUGUUGAUGGGUAUCCAGGAUAUCAGCAGUUAAUGUCCCUUGUAGAGAACUGUAUGCAAGUAGUUUGUGAAGUCAAAGAAGUUGGAUCCUUAAAAUUCUUUAGACUUGAUGACACAAAGGUUCUGCGUUGGCUUUGCUAUAAGGUUUGUCAGCUGAAUCAGACACUACCCAAGUUGGACAAAAACUACGCCAUUCAAUCAGAGAAAGACACUAUGGUUGAUGCAGUUUCAAUAUUAGGAGAGUAUUUAAAUGAAGAACACUGGUUGCAGCUUUUGUGUAACCAUCUUAAGUUAAAUAUACUUGAGGUCACAGGAAAAUUACAACAAGCAAAGGCUGAGGAAAGUAAUCCUGGUUUGUAUAAUGAUGUAUUCCAGCAGGAGGAGCAGAGUGAUAAUAAGAAGGCUACAGUUGUGAAGAAAGGUAGACAAGCAAAGAAAAUAAAACUUGAGACAGAAUCACAUAACAUCAGAGAUAUGUUUUCUAGGGCCUCCAGAAAGAAAAACUAG